CCGCCCCAUUUACCAGCCGCCCCCGCCGCCGCCACCACCGGAGACCGAAGGGGGGAGCUCCCGGGGAGGGAGGGAGGGAGGGAAGGAAGGGGACGGACACCAGCCAGUCCAGCCGAGCCGCCGCCGCUGCCGCUGCCGCUGCCGCCCGCCGGGCUGAGGGAGAGGAGCGGGCGAGGGGAGGGGGAAGGGCAGCCUCCGCCAGGGACCUCCGCCCGCCGCCGCCGCCGCCGCCGCUGCUGCCGCCGCCACCGGCCGGCCUGCUAACUUCACCUCAUCGCUGCCGCCGCCUCUCCUGCUCCCGCUCCCACUCCUCCUCCCGCGCCGCCGCCGCCGCCGCCGCCGCCAUGGGAGUCCAGGGCUUCCAGGAUUACAUCGAGAAACACUGCCCGAGCGCUGUGGUCCCGGUGGAGCUGCAGAAGCUGGCCCGGGGCAGCCUGGUGGGCGGCGGCCGCCAGCGGCCCCCCCAGACCCCGUUGCGCCUCCUCAUCGACGCGGACAACUGCCUGCACCGUCUCUACGGCGGCUUCUACACGGACUGGGUGAGCGGCGGCCAGUGGAACCACAUGCUGGGCUACCUGGCGGCCCUGGCCAAGGCCUGCUUCAACGGCAACAUCGAGCUCUUCGUCUUCUUCAACGGGGCCCUGGAGAAGGCCCGGCUGCACGAGUGGGUGAAGCGCCAGGGCAACGAGCGCCAGACGGCCCAGCAGAUCGUCAGCCACGUCCAGAACAAGGGGACCCCGCCGCCCAAGGUCUGGUUCCUGCCGCCCGUCUGCAUGGCCCACUGCAUCCGACUGGCCCUCAUCCGCUUCCACAUCAAGGUUGCACAGAGCAUUGAGGAUCAUCAUCAAGAAGUAAUUGCUUUCUGCAGAGAAAAUGGUUUCCAUGGCUUGGUGGCAUAUGACUCUGAUUAUGCGUUGUGCAACAUCCCCUACUAUUUCAGUGCCCAUGCCCUAAAACUGAGCCGUAAUGGGAAAAGUCUCACAACAAGCCAAUAUCUGAUGCAUGAAGUUGCCAAGCAACUGGACCUGAAUCCAAAUCGUUUUCCUAUUUUUGCUGCUCUAUUAGGUAAUCACAUUCUACCUGAUGAAGAUUUGGCUUCCUUUCAUUGGAGUUUACUUGGUCCAGAACAUCCACUAGCCUCACUUAAGUGUAGUUCGCCAGGCCCAGAUGAACUAUAUCCCAGGGUACUGAAAGAUCUGGUGGAUGUGAUGUUUGAAAGUCCAUGGAGAACAAGAGAGGUACGGGCUCACCAGCUAGUUUUACCACCUUGUGAUGUAGUGAUCAAAGCUGUUGCUGACUACGUUCGUAAUAUUCAGGAUACCACUGAUUUGGAUGCCAUAGCUAAAGAUGUUUUUCAGCAUUCACAGUCUAGAACAGAUGACAAAGUUACUCGAUUUAAGAGAGCAGUUGGAUAUUAUUCAGCGACUAGUAAGCCUAUGCCAUUUCAUCCACAACAUUACUUAGGUGAUCUCUUGAGUUAUACACCUCAAAAUGGGAUCGCUAUAAAGUCAAGGGCCAGACCAAAUCAGUUUGGAAUGCCUGGGAUAGUGCCACCGUAUGUUCCCCCUCAGAUGCUUAACAUUCCACAGACCUCUAUACAAGCAAAACCUGUUGCCCAGCAGAUGUCUAGCCCAGGUGGUGCUCCAGGUCAGGGUCCAUACCCAUAUAGCCUCUCUGAGCCGGCUAUCACCUUGGAAACAAGUGGAAAAAAUUUGUCUGAGCAGAACAACUAUAGUAACAUUCCUCAUGAAGGAAAACAUACUCCAUUGUAUGAACGAUCCUCUCCAAUAAAUCCAGCUCAGAGUGGCAGCCCUAACCAUGUGGAUUCAGCCUAUUUUCCUCCCUCUUCAACAUCAUCAUCAUCUGAUAAUGAUGAAGGCAAUGGAGGAGCUACAAACCAUGUCAGUGGGAACAAAGUUGGCUGGGAAAAGACAGGAAACCAGUCAGAAACUCAAGCACGUGGAGAUCCAGGAGACCAAACAAAGGCAGAAGGUUCCUCUACUGCCUCUUCAGGAAGCCAGAUAGCUGAAGGGAAAGGGAACCAAGCCAACACUGCACAAAUCCCCUGCCUUUUGUCAAUGCCCACCAGGAACCACAUGGAUAUUACCACACCUCCAUUACCUCCUGUUGCACCAGAAGUAUUGAGAGUAGCAGAGCACAGGCACAAGAAGGGAUUAAUGUAUCCCUACAUCUUUCAUAUUCUUACAAAGGGUGAAAUCAAAAUUGCUGUUUCUAUUGAAGAUGAAGCCAACAAAGACCUGCCUCCUGCUGCUCUGCUUUAUAGGCCAGUUCGUCAGUAUGUUUACGGAGUCCUGUUUAGUUUGGCAGAAAGCAGAAAGAAAACUGAAAGACUUGCUUUUAGAAAGAACAGACUUCCACCAGAAUUCUCGCCAGUGAUUAUUAAAGAAUGGGCUGCUUACAAAGGAAAAUCUCCCCAAACACCAGAACUAGUGGAAGCACUUGCAUUCAGGGAAUGGACCUGUCCCAACCUGAAGAAAUUAUGGCUGGGGAAAGCAGUGGAAGAUAAGAAUAGAAGAAUGAGAGCAUUUUUGGCCUGUAUGAGAUCAGAUACACCAGCAAUGCUCAAUCCAACUAAUGUGCCCACUCACCUUAUGGUGCUCUGCUGUGUAUUACGGUAUAUGGUGCAGUGGCCAGGAGUACGGAUACUGCGGCGCCAGGAACUUGAUGCCUUCCUGGCUCAAGCAUUGUCUCCCAAACUUUAUGAGCCUGAUCAGCUACAGGAACUCAAGAUUGAGAACCUAGAUCCACGAGGAAUUCAACUGUCAGCUUUGUUCAUGAGUGGUGUGGAUAUGGCACUCUUUGCAAAUGAUGCAUGUGGACAGCCAAUCCCUUGGGAGCACUGCUGUCCUUGGAUGUAUUUUGAUGGAAAACUCUUCCAAACCAAACUCAUCAAAGCAAGCCGGGAGAAAAUUCCACUCAUUGACCUCUGUGAUGGUCAGGCUGAGCAGGCUGCCAAGGUAGAAAAGAUGCGCCAAAGCAUCCUGGAAGGAUUAAAUUUCUCCCGGCAGAAUCAUCCACUCCCUUUUCCACCUCCUCCUGCUCUGCCUUUCUAUCCAACUUCAAUGUAUCCUCGACACUUUGGGCCAGUCCCACCACCUCAGGGCAGGGGUAGAGGUUUUGCUGGAGUCUAUGGCUUUGGAGGCCCUUAUGGGGAAACAGUAGCGACAGGUGCUUACCGUGCCUUCCGGGUGGCAGCCACAGCAGGACACUCCGCAGCCUUCUCGGGCAGUGACAGCGGCAGGACUAGCAAGUUACAGGGCGGAGUCCAACCUAUUCCUUCUCAGGGAGGGAAAUUAGAAAUAGCUGGCACCGUUGUUGGUCAUUGGGCUGGAAGCAGACGAGGACGGGGUGGACGAGGGCCUUUCCCUCUACAAGUUGUUUCUGUAGGAGGACCAGCAAGAGGGCGUCCAAGAGGAGUUAUUUCCACGCCAGUGAUUAGAACAUUUGGAAGAGGUGGAAGGUACUAUGGAAGAGGUUAUAAAAGCCAGGGAGCAAUUCAGGGUAAACCUCCUUAUGCUGCUUCAGCAGAAGAAGUGGCCAAAGAACUUAAGUCAAAAUCAGAGGAAUCAAAAUCCUCAGUCGUGUCUUCAGAUGGAUCCCUGGCUGAAAAUGGAGUAGUGAAUGAAGAGAAACCAGCUUCCCAGAUGAAUGGGAAUACAGCAGAUGGCAGGGCUUCCAACCAGUCUGAAAGUGCCUUGAGUAAUGACUCUAAAAUGUGCAAUACAAAUCCUCACUUAAAUGCACUAAAUGCAGACAGUGUUUGCCAUAAAGAUGAUACUCUUGAGGCAGCUGUCUUAAAAAAAGAAGAGUAAACUUAUUUUUUAUAGAGGGUGAAGGAUGUUGGAAUGGUAAGGAUUAGGAAUAUCUGGAAAGAAAGAGAGCCUACAGUUAUGUACAUUUUUUCCUUUCCGUAAGAGAAAAAUGAGGACUUUGGAAAUUCGGAUCCCUCUUUGAUGUCAGAGAUUUAAACAACACAUUUUUAGUUUUAACCAGUUGUAGUCAAAAUGCUACAAUAAAACACAAAAAAAAGAAAGAAAAUGAAGAGCAUUUGACUCCCGCACUUAAAAUGAAGUAUACAUAAAGUUUAAACUGGUUAUGACAAAAGCUUGUAGUUUUGUUUCUUGAAAUAUAAAGAAAACAAAUUUUGGCAGUCUUUAAGUAUAUAUAGCUUAAAAUAUAAUUUUUAGUAUUUGGCACCAUAUGUAUGCCAUUAUAUUUGAUUUUGCAUUACUGUGUCACAAUAAAAGCUUUCUUUAAGGCUUUGAUUUCAUGAUUAUGAAAAAAAUAAGGCACAACCACAGUUUUUCUUUCUUACUUAAAAUUUCAUCACUGUUGAUGUGGUUCUUUUGUGUUAAAAAUGUGCAACUAUCGAAACUAAAAAUUAUAAGAGUAAUCUUGCAGUUCUGCUGAUUUUCACUCUACAGUACGUCAUACAUACUUUACAAGCAAGUUCAAUGGAGAUAAACUUGAAAUCAUAGAAGAUGCAAAUGACCUUUCAAAAUCAACACAAUGUGUUCUGAAACUUUUUGUGACUAAUACCAUGCAUCCGUGAUCAAUGAACUAUGUGGUUUUGAAUCGGACGUAGACCAUUAGUACUACUAUUUGAGCUAAACUUCUGCAUGGUUCAUAAUUUUUAAAGUGUGUAGUUAAUAUUAUGCAUGUUAUUGUCCUUUCUUCCAUUCUUACAAGUACUGUGCCCAUUUGCAAAACAAAAAAGCUAAUAAUCAGUAAUAGUCCUAUAAAAGAUGUUAACUAUGUUUAGUCAUUGACUGAUCUUGCUCUAACCUUAAAAUUUUGUGAUUAUUGACCUCUGUUGCAUUUAUUCUAAAACUUAAAAAAAUUAUCUAGCCGUUUUGAAUAUCAACGUUACCCUGGUGUACUCAUUGCUGUAUGCAUUAUUGUUCUCUGUUGCUGUUUUAUGCCUUCAUAUUAGCAAAUAUGAAUUCUGUGAAAAACAAAAAAAAAGCUUUGAUCUUCAAAAACUACCCCCCUUCUGUAGCAGGAAACAAAUUGCUUGUUCUUGAGAACUUUCCCAUCAAGAAUUUAGUAUAAGCAAAUAUACCUGUAUCAUUUUGAUGUUUUUGUUAGUGUUUCCAAACUUAAUGUACUUCGAAAUCAGAAUCAUUUCUUUAUAUUCGUUUUCAUAUAAUUCUCCUGAUGCUCUUCAUCACACAUUAGUGAUCAGAAAUGAGGUGUAAUUCCCCAUUCCCUGCCCGCAAGAGCUAAGUAGGUAUCUUAAUGUAAGUUGAAGGGAGUUCUGCCCUAACUCAUGGAUUGUGCAAGAAUGAACUACUGUUGGGUUUGAUUGACUGUAGAUGGAUUGUGGUGUGGUGUAUUUGAAGGCUAUUGAAUGCAACUUACAAUGCUUAAUAAAAAUCUUUAUUCUUUUAGUAUAAA